UCAUACAACAUCAACAAUGACAUCAUGCUGAUCAAGCUGAGCAAACCCACCACCCUCAACACCUACGUGCAGCCUGUUGCUCUGCCCACCAGCUGUGCCCCUGCUGGCACCAUGUGUACUGUCUCUGGAUGGGGAAACACCAGGCCCGCCGAUAGCAACAAUCUGCAGUGCCUGAACCUUCCCAUCCUGUCUUUCAAUGACUGUAACAACUCCUACUCUGGCGCUGUGUUCUGUGCUGGAUACAUGGAGGGAGGCAAGGACUCUUGCCAGGGUGACUCUUGUGGCCCCAUGGUGUGCAACAGUGAGCUGCAGGGUGUUGUGUCCUGGGGUUAUGGCUGUGCCGAGUCCGGUAACCCUGGUGUCUAUGCCAAGGUGUGCAUCUUCAACGACUGGUUGACCAGCAACAUGGCCAACUAA